AUGAGGAGUUGGUGGACCCGAAAUAAUAGUUCUGAAGUGCCUGAAGAUGAAGGUGACAGAGAUGAACUACAAGCGUUAGGUACUAAUGGAAUAUGUGAAAUAAAAUUUCACGUCCACAUGCCGAAUGAGUUUGACAAGUCCCGGCAACCGUUCGUUAUAGGAAGUGUUAAAGAAUUGGGAAGUUGGAACACCCCAGUAGUAAGGUUGCAUCAAAAGGACACUACAUAUUGGUUUUCUGAUCCGGUUAAAAUUCAGAUUAGAGAUCAGAAGAUUUAUUACAAAUAUGCGCUCUAUCAACCAAAAGAACAAAUUGUAACAGAAGGUAAUACGGAAUAUGUCGGCCGAGUACUGAAAUAUAAAGGGUUUCAAUAUGAUGUAUGGGAGGACAACCAUUCCAAGGAGCUUUACAGACCAGAUAUUGAAGCAGACUGCAAAUUUGCUGUCGCGAUAUACGAAUCAGUAACUUUGAAAAAUCUUAGAGAAAAAAUUAUGGAAUUUCAAGAUUUAUCAAAAUGUCUGCCGAGUCAGACUGCGGGUGCAAUUGAUAUGGACACAAUUCACAAGCUUUUAUUGCAAGCGAUACAGAAAAUUAAGAUCGAAAAUCUCCCUAGUAAUGCUAGAACUUUGUUUGCCCUAGCGACUUCGGCUUUGGUCCGGCACAAUUCAUCAAAGCGCAAUGUAUUUGAUUGGAUGAAAAUGUUUGCCAUUGCACCUGUUGUUGAUCC